GAGGAGGAGAAUGGGGUGAGUAUAAGGAAGAGAACAUAAAGAAGGAGGGAUGAAAAUGAAAUUUAUGAGAGUGGGAAUGUGAGGAAAAGAAAGGACGAGGGAAGGACGAAGAUGCAGGGGAGUCGGGGUGCAGAGGAUAGGGGAAGAGGGAUGGAGGCAAACGGAUAGGGGGGAGGAGGAGGAGGAGAGAGGGAGGAGCAGAGGGGAGGCAGGCUCUCAGUCUGUUCGCUCGCAGGAGGAAUCAGCAACAGCAGGACAAUGGGCUGUCUUCUGUACGGAUCUUAACAGGCACCAAGCUGCCUUCAGCACACUGGAACAUAAGGUACUGUUAUCGGCGGACAGACGCUCGGGUGGGAUCGGAGUUUACGUUGGUUAACCUGCUUUACAAAUCUAAUGUUUGUCCGUGAAGGAGAGGCUGCAGGAAGGAAGCGACGCAGCAGCAGCGCAGCAGACAGACACCCAGCAGGGCCUGCUGUCCGUCUGCAUCAGGGUCUAAAACCGGUCGGUGACACGUUAUGUCACAGACACAACAACAAGUGUUCAUUAAAUAUGUCUGUAUGUUCGUGGUUUUCUCUCAGCGUGAUAACUCUCAGUUAAAAAAAAAAAACUACCCGGAAUACCCUGCCGCGUUUUCUCUUCCUCAGAGAGAACGUCACAUUGAAGUCCAUUUAAAAUCCUGCUGUUUUUGUAUUUCGUGCCUACAUGAUCAAGAAAACACCUUUAAAGACGUGGGAAAAGAUACCUCCGUGUGUACCUUACAGUUAGGUUCAAUUCGUCGUACUACUGCUUCGGAAAACCAUGUUUGCUAAGUCAAAAAUCCGGUUUUAAACAAUGUUGGUGUUGUUCACGUCACUUUUCGCUAAAGUGUAAUUAACGGAAGCAGCACGCGGCGACUACAGCUCCAGCACAUAUAAAUGAACCUUUAGCACAUAGUUGACUCGUCUCUAAGCUUUACAUGUAAGCCGAAUAUACACGUGACUCGUCGUGAUUCGCAUUUUAUGUUGUAUCAAACUUGGUAACGAUGCAGGCCACCACAGAAGUAACGCAACAGCAAAAACUGUGUUUUUUGUGAGGGCAUUUGUAGAGUGCAGCAGCAUAUGCUUGUCUUCGCCAACAAAGCCUCUUUCUAGCCAGCAGCAGCAGCAGGAGCAUGCAGUGUGAGCCAGAGUGAACCAUUGCACUAGGCCAGAGCCGGGAGUCUCCUCUACAGAUGCAGGGAUUGUAGAGUGAAUAGAUGGUGUCAUUGUAGUUGCCAUAAUGUGCCUUCUGUUGUACAUAGUGUGCGUGACGCACAUUGGCAAGCAGGGAUGCAGAGAUGCUGUGCAGGCAAGAAGACAGGGACUUAUUACUCAUGACUGAAUGGACAUUAUAUUAUUAUGACAGCGUUGAGAUGCAUCUGCAUCAGCGACUGCACUGACUUAUCCAAUAUGCUAAAACACAAACAAAAACAGAUAUGACAGCUUGCACUGGGUUUCAGUCCUCUGUCUUUUCCAAUAGAGAGAAACAAACCACACAAAAUCCCUCACCCAUGUCAUUUAGAAAAACACAGGCUAGGCAGUUGUUUGUAUGGUGAACCUUGUAUUAGUGAAGGGAGGGGCUACCCAGGGGCCUCCCAUCAAUAGAUUAUAAGUCAAUAUUCAUUUACCUCAAUAUGCCGAGGAUUAUUGGUGAAGGCGGGCAGUGGUUAUGCUGUCAUGUUUUAAUUUUAGACCGUAUUGACCUGACUAACAUUGAGUGAGUGUGUAACAUUCGUGGGUGAAGGAAAGCGGCUCUUGGUAAACAACACAUUGGAAUCUGGUUUCAGAAUAGACAAGCCAGUAUAUGCACAGAAGUGAUUAAAGAAACAUGCAGUGAUAGAGGCGAUUCAGAGGAAAUCAGUGACAGGAAUGUGUACAACUGGAAACAGCACACAAGCCAUCCUUUUCUUUUCGAAUGAACCAGAUAUUUUUCCCUUUUUUUAUUUUUUUGGCCAAGUGAAAGGAAUUUCUCUUCUAACAAUAGCACGAGCAUGCUUCAAAAUGUUCCCAUCCUCUAACAAGACAACAAAAGGAAUUAAAACUCUGUUGAAUUCCAGGAAGCAACCACAAACCCCAAGGGAUCCGGGGUACCAGGAGUCAGACUGAUUUGUUCUUGGAACGAUAGAUUGUAAAAUUGUUGACUGAUGUCUACACUUUCAACUUUCCUUAUUUUUUUCUUUUGAGAAAGCAAAAUCAGGGAAUACUCUUAUCUGUCAGGCUGAGUUUGCCUGAGUGAGACUGCUGUCAGAUUUGGUUUGUCUGUGUGUUGCUGUAUCAGGAUUGUCUGGUGUUUGUUAAUGAUUAGACCAGGAGCCAGCAGAUUCCUCUUAAAAAUAAAAGGAAAAAGGAGAUUUAUCACUCAUGUGUGUGCAGUUUUCCAGAGGCGUCUGUAAAGGUUAUUUGCUUUCAAGUGGAUUUACUUACUUAAGUUCACAUGAUGAGUGUGUUUGAAUCCUCAGCGUCACAAGACAGAAUGUGGUUGCAGUUUGUGAGUGUGUGUUGUUCCUAUCAUGCUUAGUACUAAAAAAAAAACACAGGGUCUCUCCUACAGUCCCCAUUUCCUGAACACUGUUUACAGCUGCAUGUACUAUACUGUUUUAGUUUGUCGUAUGAACGAUUACAAUGCAAAGAAAGCUCAAUCCUCCAACAAUACAAUGUUCCACCAACACCCAGCUUGUUUAUGUUGCCAUGGAAAAGGAUGUGAACAACCACGCAGACAGCAACAUGAUCAGGCGUGUUUUAUCUGCUGUGGAUAGGAUGCAUGUUGCAGCAUAUUCUUGCUCAAUGUUUGAACCAGUGGCUCCAUUGACAGAUGAAUGGAUUUUUUUGUGGUUACAAUAGACAGGCAGUCUAAAAGGGACUUUUUUUUAAUGAGCUUUUGGCAAUGUCAUGACUUUUUCACUCGAGCCACAAGGUGAAUGUCUUAAAGCUAUUGAAAAUGCUUGUACUAAAUGGAGUAGUAAUAGUUAUGUUAGCCUCAAGGAUGAAAUGUGGUGUUUUGUAACUUUUAGCGUCAUCACCUAAAGUAGUCAAUGGGCCCAGACCCAGAAUUUCACAGUUCAGUACCAUCUGGGCUGGCAAAGAUUGAUUGGUAUUUUUAGCUUGCUAUAUGUCUCUAGUUUAUGUCCUGGUGUGAUAACCAGUUCAGACUGGUCGCGGAAGGCAGUUCUCACCAUUUAAAUACUAACACCCUUCAUACGCUGAGCACUGUUACGGAGAUGCUGAUAUAUGAUAUAUGAAAAAAAAACAUUAUGCUGCUCAUCUGGAAUGGUUAUCACAUUUUUUUUCAUUCAUUGUGAUGAGACAAAUAAAUUGCCACCAUUGAACCUUUGCCACCUUGGAUGGUACCAACAAUUGGUUGGGCCUAUGGACUAAAGGAAGUGUGAAUUAUCCAUCUCUUUAUGAACUCGUAAAAUCCUGUUGGCCUUAGAUGCCACAGAUUUUGCAAAUUAGAAAGUACAAGCAAUAUGCAAUGCUAAGUUAAGUCAGUGGUAUGAUAAACAUUACACAGUAAAACUUAUGUAGCAUCAUACUGUGCAUCUUCUUUGCUAAAUCAAAUCUUCACAGAGCUUUGUCUUCAUUUUUUCUGCAUUUUAAAAACGGAAUUUUAAGUCACUUAAUAGCUCGUAAAUUGGAAAAUUCAACUUCUGCAUUCAAAGUUGAAUUUUCCGAAUUCUGUCAAAUCAGAAUUCUGAAUUGAUUUGACCCAGACACGAAAUGAUAGGGCCCAUUAUGUCUGAUUAGUAUUGCGGGGGUUGAUCCGAAGAAGUGCAUGUUGUAUCAUUGUGACAGUGUAUGUCCAACAUCAGUGUAUGUGAACAUUCACACCUUAGCUGUGAUGUUUCACACAAAUCCCCCGGUCUGACUCUGAAUGUAAAAAGAGAUGUAUUUCUGGAUCAGUCCAUUUUUAGUUAAGUAAUCAACAGAGUUACAAAAUGCGUUUAUUUAUAUCUUGACCUUUAAAGUAGUUAACAGAUUACUCUUUGUUUCUAUGUUUCACAGUCCCAAAAUGAAAGUGGUCACAGUAACUAUGAUCAUUGAACUAUUUUGUUGUCAAAAACUUUUUUGGGCGGGAUGUCUCAUCAACCUGAUUGAUCUGGGUUUAGGAACAUAACCUUGAGGACCUGUCUGUGAUUCACAGCUGUUGUGUCAUUGGAGGUUCAGAUUUAGGAAUCAAGCAGAUGAAACAUCAGCAGCACAGAUCUGGCGGCACAAAGUGCAAACGCAAUCAGCCAGUUAAUUAGACCGUAAUCAUGAGCAAACGGUUUACUGUCUGGGGACCGUGAAAAUGCUCUGUAUUCACGCACUGGCUUUGUCACAAAGUAAGUUUGGCAUUUAGAGUAGCAGCAUAAAGACACACAUGACACAUGAGGUCACAGUGCGUCCUCAUUUUAAUUGGAUUGUAUUGAUGUUUCCUGGAGCUCCAUGUCGGGAUGAAGAAAUACUCUGAAAAGCAGAUGCACUUUUUUACAUUGUGCUAUACACUUUAAAUCUUCUAUGAGAUUUAAGUGAACUUUUUUGUUCUAGUUUUUGAUCAAAUCAAAGUAACAGGCGUUCACAUAUGAGAAGAAUUCUUCAGGAUCAAGGUCGCUGAAAUGAGGUUUAAUUCUGUUGGUGGUGCAGGCACCUUACAUACAGCAGCUUCAAUUCACUCCAGUACAUCUCCCCAAUACUUACCUCUGUGUCACCUUUACCCCAAAUCUUUCCAUCUUUCCUUUGCUGUCGCUGAAGGAAAAAUAUGAUAGUCUCAAAAAAUAACAUCUUCAGAAAAGUACAAAAACAGCUUGCAUAUCAACACAAAAGAUGACAAAAUGUAAACAUCCGAAGACUAAAAGUCUAGCAACACUAAAUCCUAGAGUUUCAUGUUUCAGCUACAUAGGUCCCUUAUUAAUACUGACGCAAACUCUGUUGAAACAUCGAGUUUCAAGCUAAAUCCAAGAUUAUUUUCUUAAAGUUGGGAAACUUUCUCCAAAGACUCAAAAGUCAGUAUGCCUAUGGUGUAAGCUGAACAGUAAUCCUUGAUACAAAUUUACUGACCUGUAUUAGAAACUUUCUUGAGUGGUCCUGUUAUGUCGGAGAGCCUCUCGGCACCUUUAACCAUGUCGGUCUUAGACAUAAUCAGUUCUAAUACCAACCUGUGUUGUCUUUGGUACCUCGUCUUUCACUUCCAGUACUUGUGACGACUUUUGAGGGUCGACUCCUGUAAAAAAAACAAACAAGAAAAACAGUCUUUGUGUUUAUUUAACAAGUAAUAGAAUUAUUUUUAAAGAAACACCAUAAAACGAUAGCGACAGGAACCCCCUAAUCCAACCCUUAACACUUUCAUGUAGGUGCGUUUCUAAAUUUUACAUACGGUGAAACAAACUGAAAUCGCAGGGUGAUCCAUACUCUCUGCAAAAGAAAACCCUACCAACAAGAAAUGGACUUUUUGUGAGUACUUGUUCCACUCCCACUAGUUGGCGUUUUUAGUGGAAAAGGAUCCAGGCAAAAAGACCGCUUUUAAUUUGGCAGGACCAAACCCCUGUGAAUAUUCCCUCAAAACCAGAUUGCAGGAUGACACUAGGACUCUUGUACAGACACGCUCAGGCAAUAAAUUAGACGUAGAUGGAAUGGAAUUAGAUGGAACGUAACGAUGGUUAUACAAAGUUGGUUAAGCUGUAUGUCAGCUGUGCCCUUGACAGACAGUCGUCUCUGUUUUUCACACUACACCUGAGUAGAGGGCUGAGAACCAGAGGAAGCACAAUUGAUUCCGACUGAGAUUUGCUGUCUGUCACUUCAGGUUUAUUUUAAAGAAUGUGGGAUUUUUCCACAUCAUAUCUGUAAGACUUGUGGAAGUUGAAUCAUUCUGUGGUAUUCUGUUCAUACCGUGUAAUGGCUUCAUGUGACAAUGCGUUACACAAGACAUAACUGCGAGAAACAUCCAACAUUACCCGAAUCCACUAUAUCGAAAAGUUUCAGAGAAGUAGACGUCUGUGUCACUAUUAUGUGUCAUUAUUGAAACAAUAUUGUUGGAAUUUAAUCAUUCUUUCGCCUUUGUGUGUGAUUUAGGAAGUGAAUGUCCAACAGCUCCAGGAUGCUGCUGUCCCUGCUCUCCUGCUGUCCACGAGGGAGUAUUUGAUUUGUCAAACAUGAUGAAGACUGAGCCCCAGACGGCCACAGGUGGCAACGGAGCCUCCGGUGGGACAAGUGGUGGAGGCUCCAACCUGCGGAGUCCCUCACCCCACCGCAAUGCUUACGAGGCAGGGCUGGCGGCGCUGAAGAAGGCCACCGACCACCUCAAUAAUGCUCCUAAUGGAGGCUCUGGCCCGACCUCUAAACCCGCACUUUUGCCCCGCCCAACUGGGAGGGGACGAAAAUAUGGAUCGAAUGUUUACCGUAUCAAGAACAUGUUCAUGCAGAUGCAGUCCCCCGGUGAUGAGGAGGACGGAGCCAAAGAGAUAGGUAAUUCCCACAGUUAGCAUAUCUUUAGUCAUGCUUAUUUUAGGGGGAUUACAGACGAUUUAGUAGAAUAUCUCUGAGAACAUCUUCUCAAUGAAAUCUGCUGUCAUUGGCAGGAAAAGACCAAGAGCUAAAGCUGUCCCUGCCGAGGGCGUCCAGCCUCAACGAGAAUGUGGAUCACAGUGCCCUGCUCAAACUUGGAGCCACGGUCUCAGAGAGAGUCAACCGUUUUGACCCUAAAGCAGGAGGGGAUAUCGGAGGCUCCUCUGGUGGGUUUUCUAAGCUCCAGGAGACCAGGAGGAUCUUUGAACAGAGGACUUUACAGGUAAGAAUGGUCUUUGUUUUACUUUUAUUGUGGCUCAAGAGGAUUUCACUGAGUGUCGCCUCCCACAGGAGAAGCAAGCAGCCACCAACCGGAUCUUGCUGAAAAAGGAGCGGGCAUCAGGCUUUCAGGACAGCCGUCUUGAUGUCGUGGCUCGCUUCAACGGCUCCACGGAGGCUUUGGACCGACUGGACGACCCCCCUGUUCCGACACCUCCCCCUACUGCUGUUCCCUCUGCUGGAGCUUUGGCCAGCCCCGGAGAUGCUGUCAGUCCAACUGUGAGCCAGCUCAGUGCUGUGUUUGAAAAGGGCCCGCAGCAAAACAAUGUCUACCUCCAGAAACGUCGGUCAGGCCCUGCUCUAGCACCAAAGCCCAGACCUCCAGCUAGAGCAGAAACCGUUGCAAAAAAGGUGAGAAGAUUUACUUUCAGCAUGAAUUCACAAACUGCUCUUGGAGGACAGGAAGCUGGCUGAAGGAAAGUACAUAAAACAUAGUUGGUACACCCUGACCUGAAACUGAAACCAGUGUAGAAGCGCUGUAUGCCGUUUUUUUUUUUUUUUUCUAGGGUCCAAAAGUAGGUGUCAUCUCAGAUUUUAUAUCGGUCUGGUAGUUCAUGCUGUUGUUAAUGUUUUUACUGCUGAGUUGAGGGCCUUAGUCACUGUUUUUCAGUGUCCUUUAACAGAGCAUGAUGUUUUUUUUAGUUUUCAUUUACAGUAAAAUAUAUAAUAAAGAAGCUUGUCCAGCCUCCUCUUUAGUUCUCUAAAAACUUGCUUUAUUGACGGAGUUGACUGUCAGUGUUUUCAUAUACUCAACAACUUACUAUCUCACUCACGUCAACCAAUAACUGUCAAUCACUUGUGAGCGUCUGUGACCUGUCAAGAAAAAUAACCCAAAAUCUCUUAAGAUAUUAUCAUCUGUUAUUUUCUUUCUUUUUUUUUUAAACUCAAUUUUUAUUAAUUUUUUAACCACAACAACACGGUGUAUACAUCUCAAUACAAUACAUUUCUUUUCCUUUUUCCAGCUGUAUGUGUAUUUUUCAAACAUCCACAGAUAAUGAAGGAUUAAAUCAAAGAGAAUAAUAAUAGUAAUCAACGCGAAUAAACAACGUCCACUCCAAAAUACAGAUUUAGAGGCACAAAUUCUAGUCAGAGGCAGGAUGACAGUAUUUUAAUAUGGAUAGAAACACAAAAUAAACUGUCAUCGCAUCAAUAAAGGUACCACAAGUUCCCAUCCGUCAUAAAGGAGGUCUUAGUGAAAAUGUGAUCUGCUCCAUUUGAUAAACAUCACAUACUUUUUGAAUCCAGAUAUUGUAUGAGGGAGUUUCUGGUUUGAACCAUCUGAUGGUUACAGACUUCAAGGCUGCAGUCAAUAAUAUGUUUAAGAUGUAUUUUUCUGACCUCCUAUCCAAACUUUUAGGUAUUACUCCCAGUAUUGCAACCUUGAAGUCUUGCUGAAUAUACAUUUUGAAUUAUUUUCUUUCUUUCUUUAAAGGGAAAGGUGUUGCCCCCUGGCAAGGAGGACCUGGAGGAGGAGGCAGCAGGAGUAGCGGACGUCCAGGCAGCAGAGCUUCCAGAAACAGCAGAUUCAGAAGGAGAGGCGACCUGUGAGGAGAAGGAGAGGUUAGGACAGUCAGGAGAGCAGCUCUCCAACUCUUCCUACUCCUCGCCAUCCUCGGUGGCUAAUACUUCCUCGUCCACGUCUUCGGAGCUCAAAGCAGAGUCGGAGGCCCAGCUAACAGUGACUGAAGCCAGGGGCUCGAGUACAUUAGCCGCCUCUGAGCGGGGGCCACAGGCUGACGAGCAGGACGGCUCAGUCGCAGGGUCUGAGGCUGGAUCCAGGCUGGUGCAGGCAGAGGUUCAUGCCUCACUAGAAAAUGGAGAAAAAGAGCCUCCAGGCUCCUCCACCUCCUCAGAGGAGAAAGAAAUGGACUCUGAGAGGAGAGGUGAGGAAGAGGAGGAGGAGGAGAAUGACGACGAUGGCUCAAGAAAGGAUGAUUAUUCGGAGGGGGAUCUGGUAGAUAUCAGUGCCUACAGUGGGCUCGGAGAGGACGACUCUGGGGGCAGCCAGCUAGACGACGAGGAAGAUGAGGACGAUGAUGAUGAGGCGUAUCAACCAGAGACCAGCUGCUCUGAGAUGCAGGGCCUGCCUGAGGAAGAGGAGCCCCCACCUCCCAAUAGAAAGAUCCAAUUCAGCACUGCACCGAUCAAGGUGAGUGAUAUUUAUCUGAUCAUUAUUAAACCUCUAAAUACUCCAGGAAGCCUCUUCUUAUUUCAGCUGUCAGAGAUUUGUCGGAGUGUUGUGUCAUUUUGUGACCAAAGGUGCAUCGUUGAUUCGUGUUUGUUUUGUGUUUUUGAUGGGUCCAACAGUAAAAUACUGUUCUAGUCUAAAAGGGAUCAUAUCACCUUAUUAUAGUGGUUUGAAUGUUCGCGUGUCAUGGAGAUGUUCUCGCCACGUUCAGCUCACUGUUUUAGUUUCUGGCAAACAGCUUUGUCUGUUUUUCAGCCUCUGUUUGCUUCUUCUGCUUUUAGUGAGAAAGUUGUGAUUCAUCCUGUUCACUCGCUGCUCUCACCGAAAUCAGCAAAUAGCUUCUAGACGUGUGUCUGUUUAAGCAGCGGAGGGUUUCCUCAGGGAGUGAUGAAAACAAUUAAAAGUCGAAAUCUGAGCGGCUUGUCUCGGUAAAGAGAGGGAGAAAAAACUAAGAGUAUGGAAAUGAUUCAGAAGACUAACAUACUUCCUCCUUGUUGAACAGCGCACGCACGCACACACACACGCGCGGGUUGCUAGGGGGAUUUUCUCUGUCUCUUUCACCACAGCAUUUCCUGCUGACUCGAGCUCACACAGUGUGUUUGUGUGUGUUUGAACAGAGAUCUCAAUUUAACAGAAGCUCUUUUCUACACUGGAGUGCUCAGGGUUCUAGCCCGCCCCCACCCCCAUCACUGCAGCAGUCAGCUGGUCGAGCUCUGUGAAUUGUGAAACAUGUCUCAACGUGCCACGAUGAGGCUUCAACAUGACACACUUCCUCAGUGAGACUCAAGACACCAGUCUGAAAUAAUCCUGCACGUAGAUCGAUUGAUAGAUAUAUAGAUAAAUAGAUCUGAACAGACUUCAGGUUGUCAAAGAUUUAGAUGUUUAACUGAUGCAGGACGGAGGCUUUUUCGGGACAUAGGCUUUUCAAAGAAAAUUACAUUCAUGCUGAGUCUUGUCCUCCUCAUGCAGGCACAAGAGGAUUAUGAAGAGGAACAUGUUUUAUUUUAGGGCAGGCGUUAGGUCAAAAGAGGAUUCUUUACAUUUUCCUUGGAUCUUAAAACAUUUAACCACUGACCUCUUUGGCCACAGUGCAGCUAAAAGUAGAGCUUGCGGCCUGAAAAAGCCUUGUUUACUACUAAGUGCUACUGUGAGCUGUCCACUGAAUCAUGUCAAAUGAGCACCUGCUACUGUAGGCCAAAAACCUGUUCUCGGAGACAGAUAUUUUUACGGUUGUUAGAAAAAAUCCCAAAAGAUGUAACGAACAAAAUCUUGUGUUUUCUGAGGCACAUUACAGCACAUGGAAUAUUACAUUUUGCCAACUUUACAGCCUGAUGAAGCACUCUUAUGUAGAUAAAACACCUACGAAAAACAACAAUAUGCAAUCUGAGGCUGUCAGUGGUGAAAUAGAGCACUUGAAGUGGAUGCAACUUGAUAAUGCGCCAAUGCAAGGUCAAACUACAUUUUGGUGUGUUUCUGCUCUUUUUCAAUGUUGGACCGAUGUCACAAAUUGCUCUCCCUAUCAGUCAAGCACAAACAUGGGAAAACUACUCAGGAGGUAGGGCGGUCGUCCAAUAACCGGGAGGUUGGUGUUUCGGUCCCCCCCCAUCCCGAGUCUGUCUGUUGUCCUUGGGGAAGACACUUAACCCACCUUGCUCCCAGUGUGUGUCCUCCACUGGUGUAUGAAUGUGAGUGUUGUGUGGUGGUGGUUGGAGAGGCCGUAGGCGCAAACUGGUAGCCACUUUUCCAUCAGUAUGCGCCAGGGCAGCUGUGACUACUAAGGUAGUUUACCACCACCAAGGUGUGACUGUGUGAGCGAACCAAUGAUAUAUCUAAUUUAAAGCGCUGUUAGGGUCUCUGAUAAAGUGCUGAUGCUGAAAUCUGAUGCAUUAUUAUUGAAUCAGGGACCAGGUUGAAAAACACUAAAGUUACCCUUUAAAUUAGUUAACACUUUGAAAUCUCAAAGAAAGAUGUGAAGUAUGACUGAAGGCAAUGAUGACAUCAAAAAAUCAGAAUGAUGAAAUAUGGAGAGUUUCCGUCUAACGGUGACAUAACGUUUCAUUUGCAUGUGCUCUCAUAUAAAAAAAGACAGCAACAGUGUUUCAUCUCGAAGUUAUAGAAGCUUCAACCACGAAGUAUACCACACUUCGACAUCUCAUAUGCGCUCACAAGCAGUCUCAUCUUCACACACUCACAAACCUGUAAAUAUUAUAGAGGUCCCCUGAGAUCAUAGGGUACUUCACAGUCAAGAAACUCAACCUCCACCCCACCUCACUCCACUCCACACCCUAUCCUGUCCUGCUACUUGCUUAGCUCAACUGCACAUCACUUUACAAAGACUAUCAACAGCAAUGCUGCAUCUUUAGACUCUGCUUAAAAGUAGCACUCACACACAAUGGAGCGACACAGUAGCGUGAUAAAAAAGUGGUGAAUGAUUAAUCAGGGGUCGUAGAAAACCUAUAGAAGUAGGAGGGUUUUCCCACAACCCCCCUUUACAGACACGUGAUUUUUAAGUGAGAUGUUGUCUACACAGCUUCCUCUGUACCUGGGCAAAAAAAGGAGUUGGAAUGUGGCAGGGUGUGUUUGUUUUCCUCUGAGUGCACACACGUUCACUCACACACACACACAAACACACACACACAUAAAGAUGGAGCUGAUUGAUGAAGUUACUGUUUGAGAUGCAUUGAUUGUGUGAGAUAAAGUUCGCAGUAAAAACAGAGUGGAAAGGCACACGCUUCAUUACGAUCUCCGAUAGUUUAUCUCAAAGGAGCAGCCAAAACUUUCAGGAUGAGUUAGUGCGUCAGUGAAGCGAUUACAUGAUCCACUGAGCUAAUUUCAGCAUUGUUUACAUCUCUAAAUUACCAAAUAAUUGUAAAGCACUGCUUAGGUUUUUUUUGUUUAAACUGUAUUUAUUGUCUUUACAAAAUCUAGAGGAGGCAUUCGCGAGUUUUCGUAUAAACACUCAGUGAACCAGAAGCAGGUGAGUUUUUUUCAUCGUAGCUUGAAAGCUCAUAUCAGGAUAAAACAUCAAUUUAGCUCCUGGCAUUAUUGUUUUUUAAUCUGUGAUAUUAUUAUGAACAAGUACUCUUUCUCAUCCAGACUCAGCGCCAGUAAACUAUAUUUAGCUUCCCUCUUUAUAGUGGGAUAUUUUGAGUGACAUCUUCACCUUUUGCCUCUCUGCCCAGUCUUGAUCCAGUUACCUGACUGGCACACAGAGAAUCACGGCUCUACUUAGCCAAUUUGGAUUAGUGGAUGGUUAUCAGAGUCCCAACCUGUUUCUUUUUUUAACAUCGGGGUGUCUACUUCGUGUCGCCUUAAGGGCUCAAUUGUUUAUGAAGCGAUUGUUGAACGUUAUAUGUUAUUUGGUUGAUUUAAUAGUACAUAGCUUAACCCGGAGAAUGAAAAUAAUCAGAUUGCACGGCGUAUGAUACGACAAAUUUAGUCAUUGGGAUAGUACAGGACUGGUGAUUUCCCCAAAACAUCCUUCCUGACAACACUUCUGACUCUUCCGCCCCCACACAGACGAUUGAUGUGAUGAAGAUGACCUUGACGUGAAAUGAUUCAAAUCUUUUUAUCAAAGUAGGUCAGAGUAAAAAACAGUCUUGUGGUUGAGCUCCACCUGACCUCCUGCUCCUGCAGGACUUUUCUGUGGCUUGGCUAUGAUCCAAUUUGGUAGUAGGCAGCUUGUAAUUGGUCAGAGUAUACCGAGGCUGUUAUUUAAGAUGCAGAGUUUGUUCUAUCGCAUCCAUUUACCAGAAUCAAGCCAACAAACUAAAUGGCUUUUAGUGUGUUUUUGGUUUCUGUGGUUGAUAUUGCCACAAAAGAAAAAAAAAUCAUCGUUAGUAGUAGUGUUUGAAGUUAUUUAUGUCGUUCAGCGUCAGACACCAGAAAAAGUCUUGGUUUCUUUUGUUCAGGGUUGUCAGAGUAGUUCAGCCAAGACCACGCAAGGCCUCGACUGACAACCUUUGAGAUCUAUUUGCAGACCUACUUCGUUUGAAAAACCAGUUUAGCAUCUUGGCACAAACUGGACUUAGGUGUGUUUUUGUUUGGUUGUAAAAUCUGAGCAAUUACAAAAAUCUUGGGUCCACAUAACAUCGUGUUUAGAUGGAAGUUAGUCUGUCCAGGUCCAUCUUCACAACAAGUCUUCAUGAUGGGUCUAUGUCUCUGUGCUGUUGUGUCAGUUGAGUUGAUUUAUGUUACAGUUGGUUAGUUGAAUGAUUUUUCACCCGUUGGCUGUUGUUUAUCAUUCAAUGUUGACCUUUAUUCUAGUUUCUAAAGCACACGCAGUUCUUUCAUUUUUAAGAUACUCAUGUGUUCGUGAUGUGUUACAGGGAUUUCUCCAAAGCCUCCUGAAUGCAUUCUACUUUAAAGUAACUCAACAGGAAGGAAAUGUGACUACAGGAAGUGGUUUAACAAUCACACCCUCUUACCCGUUGUGUGUGUGUGUGUGUGUGUGUGUGUGUGUGUGUGUGUGUGUGUGUGUGUGUGUGUGUGUGUGUGUGAGUGUGUGUGUGUGUGUGUGUGUGUGUGUGUGUGUGUGAGAGUGUGUGUGUGUCUUUAAGUGUUUGUGUUUGCAUCACUCCAUAUCCAAGGGGAAUCUAAAUGGUGCAGUUACACCUACACAUAUACAGUACCGUAGGCAUCUGGCCUAUGAGUCUCCAUAUGUAUCUCUAUGUAUCGCUGUAACAAUUCGCAGAAACAGACAUGGACAUACAUGCACACACUCACAUAAAUUAGCAUAUCUGCCAGACUGGGACAGUGUGGAGAAUGAGUGAGUGCCAGUGCCAAAUUCAUACUGGGCAAGCCUGUGGUUGCCAUGGAAACAAAGCCACGUGAUCCCAGAGAUGGUCACCGGGGAGACAGAUGCUGCUGACCUUUCAGAGAAGGGGGAGGGGUGUGAUAGAGAGUGGAAGAAGGAGUGUAAAACAUAUGGAGAGAGAUAGAGAGAGGGAAGGAGAGCAUAUAGACGCGUGUUUUUAUCAACUGUGCAGAUUGAUGAUAUCGAUGACUGUUCCGUGUAUUCUCCAAUUCUUCCAAGUGUAGAGGGAUAUGAGUCAGCGCCGGUUCAGACUGGCUUUUGGAGAAUUUAAUAUUUCAAUUCCACUCGCUGAAUAAAGUGGUUACUGCACUCAGAUGGAGGAUCUCUUCCUCUGAAUGUCCAUGCGCACAAAUGUGUUGCCUCAAUAACAAUGUAGGCACGAGAGUAAUUACAGAGCAGCUUAAUUACAGAUAACUCUGACAGGGUUACAAGGACAUAUAUGCUGAUGGUGUACAGCGAAGAACUGAUCAUGUACAAAGAGUAUCAAUAAAGGGAGUGCAUGAAGAAAACUUGUAACCUCAUUGCUGCAGAAUAGAAUAAAAGUAUUAAAGUAGUUUUAUUAUGUUAUUUACUCCCCACCAACCAGCUAUAACAUUGUUACAUGAUUAUUUUACAGUUAUCUUGAAUACAGUUAUAUAUAAAGUAGAAUAACUGGCCUUUUAAAGAACCACAUGCAGCCGGAGGAGUAAAGCCCCCUGACCCUAGACUGUCACCCUCCAUGCAGGUCUUCACCACCUACUCGAACGAAGACUACGACCGGCGCAACGAUGACAUUGACCCCAUGGCUGCAUCAGCUGAGUACGAGCUGGAGAAAAGAGUAGAGAAACUUGACCUAUUUCCUGUCGAGCUGGAGAAAGGUAAACUCCCUCACUCACACACACACACACACACACACACACACACACACACAUGGAAAGUCACUCAGUCAAGCUCCUUAUGUAACUACACACGCGCACAUGCACACAAUAACUGAUGAGAUGCUGUUAGUGGAUGUUCACUGUCUGCUGGCAGCACCAUUAUCCCCUUACAGGAUUAAACUUAGUACGGAUUAGCCUUAUUAGCAGCUAGUAAUUGUGGAGGUAAUGGAACCAUCCGUUAUAGUCGCUCUCAUGGCUGGUCAACAGUUAAAACACUAAUACACAAGCAGGUAAUAAUAAAAGUUUUCACCUCAAAUGUUUAGACAACUGAAUAAAUAACAAAGUUUCAGUAUGAACACCUCUGUGGAAAAUCUAUUACAUUUUUAAUCCUAAUUUAAAUUACGCCUCUGUGUCUCAGACAGUGAUGGUCUGGGCAUCAGUAUCAUAGGUAUGGGUGCAGGAGCCGAUAUGGGUCUGGAGAAACUGGGGAUCUUUGUGAAGACAGUCACGGAGGGCGGAGCUGCGCAGAGAGACGGCAGGUACGUGUGUCUCAGAUGUGCUUUUUUAUUGUGGUGCUCAUGCUCUGUUAUCUAUUUCCUGUCAAAAAAAAACCUCCUGAUAAGACGCGUCAGUGAGGCGCUCGGUACUCCCUGGCUGUGUUAGUGACUGCCAGCCACUAGCAUACUAACCUUAGCAUUAGUUCUGACGAAUCUUCAGUGGAUUUCUCAAUAAGUUGGGGUCAAACUGAGUGAAGUGUUUUUUUUUUUUAGUCAUGAUUAUAACAGAUACUGUAUGAGGAUUCAUACAAAUUUCAGCCAUUUCAGCCAUACACAAAAACUUUGUGCAGAAGUAAACAAACCUCCAUUCCUGCAGUGGCACCUCAGUAACCCCUGCAUUGCACAAUAAUGUUUUUUUAGUUCUUUUUCAGAGCAGGUCUUGAAGAACCAGUUCUCUGUAUGAUAAUGGCUCGAUAAGUUCAUCAUAAAUGUCGUCUACUCCACCAUCAAAACCAGACUACAGGGAAAAAUAGGAGCUCAAAUGACCAGCCCCUAUUCCAAGAUAUUCAUUUUACUUCCUAUUAAAAAUCUCCAUUAUCAUUAAAUCCCGAUGUUUUGAGCAGCCUGCCGACAAAAGCCCAACUAAAUCAGGGAAUUAUGGAAAUUGGGGAUUUAAAUUAUAAGCUAGUAAGUAAUUCCUGCUAAGUUUGAUUGAAUCCCACACUAGAUUGCGCUGGCAGAAUCAGUUUCUACUACUGUUAUUAUUUAUUUCCCCUAAAUCAUGCCCAACAACAGAUAUCAGAUGAUAGACAGAAUGAACCAAUUAUCUCUAGAUUAACUGUUUUUGUUGAAUGGCAUUAGUUUAUGUCACACACCACCAAGCUGCCUUAUCAGUCUAGAAAUGGGGCAAAGCUGUUUGGUGAAAAUGGGAGAAAAUUAAAAUGAAAUAAAACAAGGAGGAGAUCAAAUAUACUCUGUACUUUUUUCCACAUGUGGUUUAUUAUGUUUGUGUCGAUGUGUGCAGGAUCCAGGUCAAUGAUCUGAUAGUGGAGGUUGAUGGGACCAGCCUGGUGGGUGUCACACAGAGCCUCGCUGCCUCCGUCCUCCGCAACACCUCUGGCACUGUCAGGUCUGACAUAAACACACAAGCACAGACAUGUACACGGGUCCUACAGACACAUUUAAGCCUAUUCUGAUCAUGUUGUGUUGACCUGCUGAUUCAGGGUUUGAACCUUUCUCUGCAGAAUCUCAAAUAAACAUAAUAUUUAUCACGUUUUUGUUUGGUAACUUGCUAAAAUGCUGAGUUUUAUUUAUCAUAUGUUUCAGGUUUGCAGUUGUUGUUUCCAGUUAAACAAAUGUGACUGUUGGAUCUUGUUUCCCAGGUUUGUGAUUGGUCGGGAGAAGCCAGGGGAGCAGAGUGAAGUGGCUCAGCUGAUCCAGCAGACUCUGGAACAAGAGAGAUGGCAGCGAGAGAUGAUGGAGCAGCGAUACAAACAGUACAUGGAUGAAGACGAAGAGGUAUGUGUCCAGGAUGAACUUUUUCCUGACGCUACAGCAGCCUUUUUUGUGGAGCUAGCUUGUGUCCCAUGACCCCAGAUGAUAAUUGAAUCUCUUAAACUACCUCUACAGCAACAAGAUACGGGUGACAAAUGAAGAUAGGAGUGUUACGCUGCGGUGUGUGUGCGCAAGUGUUUGUGCAUGUUAGUGACAAAAUGUCGGUCUGUGUGCCACCAUGUGGCCUGUGGUUUUAACUCAGAGCAGCUCCUCCACCUUGUGGUCAGAGAUGGUAACAGAAUAUUUGAAAUCCAUGUGUCACAAAAGUUAAUUAGAAUUUAAAUCAUUAUAUGUUUCUUUAAUUAUUUAAGUUGCACACCCAGUCUAUUAGUCAUCAACAGGCUGAAGCUAAUUUCCUCUUUUAAUUUCAAUGUGGCUCAUUAGGCUGCAAAUGAGAUUGUUGAGUGAGAUUAAACUGAUGACCAAAGUUAUUAUUUUUUUACUAUCAGAACAUGUGGUCAGAAGUGAACGAGAAGCCACAAUGCUUUUACAUUACUGUAGUGUGAAGGAGGAGACAAAUGAUUGUCAGACUGUUUGGUUCUUUUAGUUAAAAGCAUUUAUAUACUGUUGCUGCAUUCUUGUUUUCUCUUGCUUUGUAAUUUGUCAAUCCUGCAGUUUGGUCCCUACGAGUUAGAGUCAGAUCUGGGGUUCUUUUUUAGUGUUCAAAGGAAAAGUGAUGUGACACAAAGGGAAACAUGACCCUGUCCCAACUUUUUAGUAAGAUGUUGCGGACAUCAAACUCAAAAUGAGUGAAAGCUUGCAAAAAAUAAACCAUAUAUAUCAUAUAAUAUUAUAUAUGGUUAUAUUAUAUAUGUAUAACAAACCAUAUUUAUACUUUGUACACAUGGAAAUUUGACUCAUGUACAUAUCUUUUAUCUGUUUUCUCAACUUAACUCUAAGUUGCUUUAUACUUUAAUUUCUCUUUGUAUGACUGUAUGCUGCUGUAAAUUUGGAACCUCCCCCUGUAGGACUAUAAAAGGAACAUCUUAUCUUAUAAUAUCUUAAAACAAUGAAGUUUAUCAAUUUGGACAUUAAAUGUCUUAUCUCUGAAGUAUAUUCAGUUGUAUAUUGGUAGAAAAGGAUUUUUAAAUCACUAUAUUCUGUUUUUAUUCACGUUUUAAACAACGUCCCAAACCAUCAGCAACAAGACUGACUCUGUUUUUAUCAUAAUAUCUGAUACCUGAAACUGCUGUGAGGGAGUAAGUAGGUGGAAGACCAGAAGAUUGACAGCGCACCAAAAAAAAAAACAGCUUUUCCUAUCAUUUCCAACAGCAAAAAAAUCAAUUAAUCAGAUUUUGAGUUUUAAAAGAAUACAGGAUUGGAUUUGUUUUUUCAAAAAAUACCAUCUUGGUUUAUUCAAGUCAAAUCAAUCCUCUCAUCUAACUCCUGAGUAACAAGGCAUGGUAAACCUGUGCACACAUAUGAACAAAUCAAACUUUUUUGAUUUAUCACAGACAGGUGAAUAUGCAACAGACGAGGAUGAGGAGAUGAGUCCAGUGUUCCCAAACUCCAUCGAGGUGUUCGACCUGGCUGAGAACCAGGAAAUGUUGUCUCCUGUGGAGCUGGACCCAGAGAAGCUAGCCCACAAAUUCAAGGAGGUAAAUAAUCACUUCCCUCUUAAACUUUCCACCUGUUUUUAUUCUGUCUGGUUUGAUCUGUUGGAUAGGGUUUGUUUAAAAUCUUGUUUUCUGUUUGUGAUCAGCUCCAGAUCAAACAUGCAGUAACCCAGGCGGAGAUCCAGCUGCUGAAACGGAAGGUGAGGCCUCAGAAAUGAUAUACUGCAACAUCCAAUAUGCACUCGCAGUUCUUUUUCUGCCUAAACGAUGACUUAACUCUGCCUCCUCCUCCCACAUAACAAUUCCUCCUUCCACACUCCCACCCCUCACCUCAAGCUGGCUCAUGCAGAGCAGGACAGGUUGCGUUGGCGAAUGGAGCGUGCUCAGUUAGAGCAGAAUAUCCGAGACAGUAAAGAGAGGAUGGAGAAAUUGGAGGGCUACUGGAUGGAAGCUCAGUCCCUCUGCAAGGUGAUAUAAAAAUAAAGAUUUCAGAUUAAAAACAAGGACAGAUUCUUGUCAUUUCAUUUAACAGUUUACAGGAUCUACCCCACAAGCUAUUUGUUUUCAUCCUGACUGUGUGUGUGUUCUUUCAGGCAGUGGAUGAACACCUGAAGGAAACCCAGGCCCAGUACCAAACCCUAGAGAGGAAAUACAGCAAGGCCAAGAGACUAAUUAAAGACUACCAGCAGAAGUAAGAAAGGAGGCGCACAUAAAAAGGGAUCAAGUGGGAGUAAAUGACACCAAACGGCUAAAUCAUGUGUGUUUUUGUAGGGAGAUUGAGUAUCUGAAGAAAGAGACAGCUCAGCGCCGAGCACAGGAAGAAAGUGAGGCGACACACAAAGAGGAGGCAGACAACCUGCAGGAAAAGGUUGGUGAAACUCUCAGUUUAACUCUGAAUUGUUCCCUAAAACAAAACCCCCAGUUUGGAUUUUUAAUUAGUUCCCCACCCUCAACAGCCUUAUUUGCCCCUUGGGCUGUAUAACCUGAUUUACUGCCACAGUCAUGAUAGGUUAUUUCUUUUGAUUGAUGCAGUCGAUUUUUGUGCCAGCGCUUUCCUCAGAAACAAUAUUUCAACCUUAAAGAGAUAUUCCGGCGUAAAAUGAAGUUAGGGUUAAACACACCGUAACGCCAAGUUAGACUCCCCAUCGAGAGAUGAAUGUUGCCGACCGCUUGCUUCUCUAGUUAUACCAACUUCAGCAACACAGAGAGCCAGGUGCUCAACCAAAAAGCCACUCGUAGCCACAAAUAAUGCUCAGAACAGCACCUAACUUCAUCAACAGUACAUAUAGGGUCUCAACCAUAGCAUCAGCCACCAAACAUCUUUUUAGCUUUGCCUAAUUUCUUUAGUAAAGAGACUAAACACAACUCACCUACUCUCUUCCAGCAGCUGCUGUGGCUACGAGUGGCAUUUUGGUUGAGCGCGUGGCUCCUGGGACUGUUGUGUAUUGCUAUCGUGCGGUGGUUACCAAAGUUGGUAUAACUAGAGAAGCAAGCGGUCGGCAACAUUCAUCUCUUGAGGGGGUGUCUAAUUCGGUGUUAUGCUGUGUUUGACCCUAAAUUAAUUUUAUGCCGGAAUAUCCCUUUAAUGCACAGAAACGUUUUUUAAAAAAUAACUAUUUUAACGUUGUUUUAUUUCUUUUGAAACUAUGUUAUAGUUGAAAUGUAUUCAGUCACUCUCCGCCGUGUUUUUGUCCACAGAUUACAGACUUGGAGACCAAAGUGGAUGCCCUGAAGACCUCUAAACCCUCCUAGACUGCUGCUUAUUCCUACCUCCUGUCUGUGACUGGAAAGGAGGAGCUUUGCCUUCAAUGUGACCUGGGCUGUAUUUUAUUCCAAUCAACCAUUUUGCUGCACAGACAAGUAGCGGAAAAGUUUGAGCAAGGAAGAAAAAGGGGACAAAGAGGAUGACAUAUACAUCAAGAUCAGAAGUAACCUCUCAUCUGGCUUCUGCCAGCAGCUUACAGCUCUGUCAUUCAAUAACCAAUCCCAGAAUGCUCCUCCUGUAAAACCCAGAAUCCUCGUUUUGUGUCUUCCUGGCAACUGGCUUGGCAAUCAACAUGGAAACUACAUUCAACAACCUGUGCUUUAUUUGUUAAUAAUUUCUUUUGGCUUCUCCUCUCUUUAAUAACAGUGUGAUACCAGGAUUCUAUUACUGAUUGAAAAAGCGCUUUUUUAAUAACAGGCUUGUCACGAAGUGCUUUAUAGAGUAACGAAGGGGUCUACCUGCAGAAUAAGUCGGAACAAAGGAGAAAGGACAAAGGUCAUGUGCUUGACACUGUACUACGCUUGAACCAAGUGAUUGCUGAACCAUUCCUUAUUUUUGAUCGGGACUGGACUUGAUUCACGCGUGUGUGCGUUCUGCCACACAGCAUUGAGUAUCAGAAUCAAAAACUGAUAGGAGAAUGGCCACCUCAUUUUUUUUAAACUCAAAACUCAACUCAAAGUUCUGAGGUUGAGCCCAACAAGAAUCAACUUUGAAAAGGAAAUAGCCACCACCUUAUGAUAGUUAAGUAAUAAAAACUAUGGAGCAAGAUGGACAACCAAUUUCUGACCCGCGGCACAGACUGAAAACCGGAAAGCUCACCCCAGCCUUUGGUUUGUUUUUUUUCUCCAGCCUAACAGCCUAACUCUGUUUGUGAUUGAGGGAAUCCUGCAGAAGUGUGUAUUUCAGGUCUGAACUGUAGUGGCAUAUUGUUUGUAUAUAUUCUAUACAUGUAUUUAAAUGUGUUAAUAUGGCUUAAACCAUUAAGUGGGACAGAUAUCAGAGAGUGAAACAGUUCAGUGAGUGAAGGUGAUGUCCUGCUGUUGAGGGGUGAAAUGGUUUAGUCGCCCAGAUUCAUCUCUUUUCUAGUAUUAUCAAAGGCAAACAGGGUGUGAAUAGUCCAGUAUGUGCUUACAGCGUCAAAUUGUUUGUACAGUAGUUGUUGGUGUUUUAAGUGUGUGUGUGUGGGUUUACAUGCACUCAGGAUAGUUAUAUACUAUAUUUUUGAGUUUAUGUGGGGCGCUCAGCAAUCUACCCAUAACCUGGGUCACAAAAAAAAAACAGAACUGAGUUUGGAUACACUGGUUCCUGAGGCUUUUCAUGUUCAGCUUCCACUUGCACUUACCGCACAGUUUUAUGACCUCAGGUUACAUCACCACAUUAUUCGAUCCCUGUGUUCACAAGAAGCUGAUAUGUAAAGAGGCGCACUUUUUAACCCAAGUUGUUCAAAUAUUUCGGAGGCAUAACUCAAAUAGAAACUCCUUUAGGUGAAGCAACAGUUGGAACCAAAGUGCCAAAUUUUCUUACAGAUUACUGAAUAUCUACGGAAGUCGUUGACACCCCUUUCUGUACAAACUUUGCUUAAUUGUUGUUUAAAACGAUUUUUAACAGUCAAAAAUUGAAGUACUUGUUUUCCCAGUUUUUUCCCCAUUGGCUAAAACAAAUUUUCCAACUAUUUGCUUCCUACUAACUUAAACUAAACUUUUACUAAUGAAGAUAAUUUAACUAAUAUUUUCAUUUGAAAUUUCAAUCAUGUACCCAGAAAAGGAAAACAACUCCCAACCAGGUCUUAAUUCUGUCAUUUAAAGUGACACGCAAUAAAAGUUGUUAGAUUUUACUUUGAAAUUUUCCUCUUUACAUUUACAUGUUUCGCUUUUUUUCCCAUUUGUGAUACAGGUUUCACUUAUUAUUGUACGACAUAAAGAAACUCUGAAGUCGCCAGUACUCGGUCAGCAGGUAGUGAGUAUUUUUCGGACGGUCUUUCAGAGAGCAACUUAACUUUUUGAGAGAGCUGCGAUUCGUUAAAUCAGGAUUUGACCAGCCUUGGGUUCCUUAAAAGAGACUUAAAUGUGAUAAUUUACUAUCAUCGUUAUUCAGUAGAAGUCGAACUUUUAAAUAACAUACUAAAUAAGAAUGCCAAUGCCUUUCUUCCUCUCCCCUCCCUCAGGCUAAAUCAAGCUUCGGCUAACAUCAUUAGCUUAUCAUGAAGGCUAGCUGAUUUGCGCCUCUCUCGCAUGCAUAUUUAGCUCACUGACUUUCUAAAAGCGCUCAUAAUAUUUGUUACAAAGGAAUGGACGAGCUAGAUGCUGCAAGUUAUAAUCUCAUUGAGAUAUUUUGAUCAGUAUUUGUCUUUCUUUCUCAGCCAAUGAAGCAUCAUAAAGCUAGCAUAGCAGGACAGUUCUGCCUCUGAGAAAUGUUUGUGAAACUUGACCUGCAUAUAAAUAUCAGCGACAGUAUUGUUCAGGAAAUUUUGUGCAUGUAAACACACUCCACAUCUCUCACUUUAAGAGAAAGUAGAAGGUCCAAGUGCCAGUAUUGUGACUUUAGAGAAAGGACUGGAGUUUAUGAGAAGUGUGUGUGUGUGUGUGCAAAAGACCAAAUUUUGGAUCUAGUCCAGAGUCUUAAGCGGUCGUGAAGCUCAGUUAACUUACAGGAACUGGAGAUGAAUCAUGUUUAGCCACAUUGAAAUUGUUUUGUAAAAUGUAUUGAAACCGAUUUUUCUUCUUGAUCAAAUCUAAAAAAGUUCCAAGCAACUUUGAGAUCUUUGGAAACUCCUCAAAAGUGCUUGAGCUUGAAACACUUUAAGAAAUCAUUUUGCUUGUAAACCACCAAGUGCUCUUUGAGUCAAAUCUUGAAAUGAUUAAAUCUUCUUGAGAUGGGAGUGAAAGUCACAUAUUGAUGAUGAUGAUGUGAGAUAUUCAUGUACUCGGCUGAUACACAUUUGUUGUCUUUUAAAGGGAAUGGACAAAUGGAGAUAAUUAUUUGAUGUAUUUAAAUUGUAAAGCUCAUAAUUCCACGAGGGAACGCUUAGUUAGACGGCAGCAACUAAAAAGCAAUGUUCACAAAAGGCAAAUGUACUUUGCUGUGUAAACAAUCAUCAUGGCGAUUAUUGUGAGUUCAUGUUUGUGUUGAGAAUGCAGCUUGCUGGCAAGCUCUAAGAAGGUUGAAUUCAUUGAAAACACUCAAUCUGAACACCCGCCCUCCAUCAAAACUAGUAUAGAGCGCCACUUCAUAGAAUCAAAUGGAACCAAAAGCAAAGGAGUCUUCUGUCAUCGCCUGUGCUGAACUGUGCUUUAUACUCAAGCCAAAUUCAGCGUCUCGGCCAAACUGGGUCAAUUUUGUUUUUUCCUGCUAAAAGCUUUUCCGAUCUCUGUCCCUUUCUUCUUUUAGCCAAUAAUAUAUUAGCUAAAUACUUGAGUUUGGCAGCUUCAGUAGUAAUUUGCAUUUAGCAUGCUAACAAGCUUGUAAGUAAGUUAGUUUACAUAUUAUACUAUGGAAUAUACCUGCAAACAUGUUAGCAUUGACACUUGACCCUUUGUAGCUUUUACAUUAACUUUUAAUUCCAUUUGCAAAGUGUCUUUACCGUGCCGCAAGUCUUAGUGUCAAUAAUAUCUUGUUUAAAAUCUUGUUUCAUUCCUCAAAACAAUUUAAAAAUAUGUGAAUAAAGCAGUGAUGCUGGAUUAGAAUCUCUUAUUUUUGCAUAGAAGCAUGUGACAAGACCAUAGUGUGACAGAGCAGCUCCGGAAGUUACAAUUCGACAAACGCCUAAGGGUUUAGUGUUCACAGAGCGACGACACGCCUGUAAAAUAAGGUGUUUAAUCUCAGAGCCUGGUGCGUGUGGACCAAUCUGCCUCAGUAUACAAGUCCCCUUUGUUUGAGCUGAGGCAUAUGAAGUUAAACUGAGCUCAUACCUGCAGGUAGUAACCAGAAUUAGAAACAUUGUCAGUGACUCAUGGGAGGAAUCCAGCACAGUGCACUUAAGGCCACCUGCUUCUAGGACUGUAGCCUCUGUACACAAAGCACGUGACUGAACCGAAGGAUCGGAUCUGAUGAAAUAAUCAUGUUUGGACUGGAAGAGAAAGUUCUCAUUAAAAGCUGAAUUUUAGACCCCACAUUUUUUUUAUUUUAAAUUUAAAAUGAAGUCCUUUUGGGACAGGAACAAGGGUCUGGACAUAGUGAGCAUUUUUAGGGAAUGAACAUGAGCCAUAAGCAGCUCACUUCUGUAUUUAAUUGCUUUACUUAAAAGCUGUAAAAUCGCUGUUUUAUCACCAAAUCAAGUCCAGGUCACUUUGGGUUUCAAGUCUUUACACAGUAAGUGAUCACUUUGCCUUGUUUGUAUUAGUUAACUUGCUGCUUCUGCCUUCACAAAGGCUUCAGAUGUGUUGUGUUGUAGCUGACUGUCAUUGUGGAUGUCUGCCUGUCACUCAUGCCUGCAUCGGAAAAACAGAACGAGUGUUUGCCAGUGAAUGCAGCACAGACAGACUGCCAUGUCAUCCGACUGAUUGUAGCACCGGUGUUUAACUUGUGUUAGUUAGAUUGUCCACAGAUCGAUGCCUUUCUUCAUCAUACUUUUUAAAGUUUUUUCUUCUUCGUAUUUGAAAUUAGCUCUUCCCUGCUUCACGUUAAUGGAGCACUCCUUCAAAAGUGGUUUCCCACUCAGCAGCAGCUUUGGUGGGGCAGGUGGGAGGGUUUAGUGCCUUGGCGAGGUGUUAGGCAGGAUGAGGAUGGAGGGAACCUUCCCCUGUGUGUGGCACGGGUUUCAAAUCAACCUUGCAGUCGAAGCUUGCAGCCAGCAUGUUUAUCAGACCACAUAGAGUAUGUUUCUAGAUCGAAUGUAAACCUAAGUGGUCACCUUUUGGCAUCUUUCUGAUACUUCAUCACUUGUUUAGGAAUCAAAGGCUGGUGCAGAUCCCAGUAGUGUGUUCAGAGAUGAUCUUGGCUUUUCAAAUGUUUUGUACUGAUGUGCUUGAAGGUUAAAAUUGCAUUGACCGGAUUUUAAUGAAACUGGAAGUGUAAAAAUAAUUGUAAAACUGGCAAACUCUGUCCUGUAACCACCUAGUCUUAAAACACUUCACAGCUGAUAGAACUAGUGCAACAUCGAUCUUUUGUGUUUUUAAUGUGUAUACUUGUUCUCACAAAUGUCCUGCAAAGAAGAUUUUGCAAAACUAGAAACAAUUUGGAAAUGGUUGACAAAAGUUGGCUUUCAGUUUAAUUUUCUUUGAUUGUUUCAUAAAGUUUCUUUGAAUUACUGGUCUGUGUUUAUCUUCAAUCACUUUUUAAUAAAAUCCACCCUCGGCUUGGUCUCCUCAAAUGCAUAAAUAGCUAAAACAGAGGUGUUGUGUGUCAUUUUAGAUGAACGACCGGGGAUAGAGCAGUGCCAAACAGUGACAGUGGAGCACGACAAUCUGACAUUGUAUAAGCUGGCCUUUGAGUGCAUCUUGGUUCUGAAAUCGAUUACUUUCUCUGCCUGGUCCCGUUCUUAAGUUGAUGCCAUCAUGUUUGUCUGAACAAAUUCUCAUCUGUCAGCGUUAAUAAAUAAACAUGAAAUAUGUCGAAACAAAGCAAAUAAACAGAUGUGUCAUUUA